CUGGCAGAGGAUAUCUCCAAGGACAAGGAAAGGGACAAGGACAUAUUCAUAGGCGAUCAUGUUGAAUGCUUUGCUGCUGAGCUGGGCCAUGCUGCAGGGAUUUCCCACCACUCUGGGUACCCAGCCCACUCAGCAAUACCCAGAUGCCAUCGGCUCCAGAUUGAGUAGGUCAAGUCAAGCUCUGUACCCUGGGCUCCUGCACUCAGCCCCUGCUGCUUCGAGGGGACUCUCAGGCCCUGGUAUACAGCCAGAACUGGAGCAGAUGGCAUCGGAGCUGGCAGAAGACUCCCUCAUGCAAGACACUGAGGCUCUGGCACCUGAGAUGCCCGGCCAGAUGGGCCGCGAAGAGCGCUCCCCCCGCCGCUGUGUUCGCCUCCUUGAGUCCUGCCUAGGUCACCAGGUCCCCUGCUGCGACCCGUGCGCCACCUGCUACUGUCGCUUCUUUAACGCCUUCUGCUACUGCCGCAAGAUCAGCACCAACUACCCUUGUAGCCGCAAUUAGUUGGGCGAGGCUGAGGGGCAGCGGGAGGCCGGAUGUGUAGAGGCAUCAAUAAAGGCUCCCGAGAGCAAAGCUGGAAACUACGAGAUUUUUCCUUACUCCAGGGUGCAGGAGCCCUGGUCAAAAAAGGAGCAAACUUUGACUGGGUUCAGGGCUGGGUAGUUCUGGAAUUCUGACAGCAAGGGCAGGGCACUGACCUGAGCUUUCGUGGUUGGCAAACAGGAUUGGUGAUGGGUAGAUGGCACUAAAUCCGCCCGGGGCAACCUUGAAACCGGUCCUGUCCACACACCUUAUCUAUCCAUGC